UCUGAUGCAGAAUUUCAUCUAGAAUGCCUGAGUUUAUAACUCCACCACCUCUCAACCUGCUGGGCUAAAGUAAUCUACUCUCCGAUUCAAACCACAGAAACAGACUGAUUCAUUUAGCCAGUGUUGCUUUUAGGAUUUAGUUUGGGACUGAAACCUCUAUAUUGUUGCUCUUAUAGCUGUUUUGGGGCCGUCGUCCUGAACUCUGUUUUUUCCAGGAUUGUCCUGUUUUAUGUAGCUUCUGUGAAACUUCUGAGGGUUUUUUUCUGCAUUUUCAGAAGCGAAGUCGAUCGUGGAAGUCCAAAGCCUGAUGUGGACAGCAGGGAGAUGCUGGAGGAGAGGGUGUCCGCUCGGGGCAGCGCCCCCUCCCCCACAGGAGGCCAUGUGGCUGACAUCUACCUCGCCAACCUCAAGCUGAAGAAGCGCCCUGAGCACGGAAAUGUCCGAAGAGCAUUCAGAUCAGAGAGCGACGGCACUGGUCCAGGAGCCAGCAGCAGUGGGGCAGGAGGUGCCAGAACGGCGUCUCUACCCGGUGGAGCUCAAUUAAAAGACUUUGGAGACAAACGUCCAGUCAGCGUUCAUAACAUCCUCAACUCUGUCACUCGACACUCUUCUCUCAAAACCAAG